UCAGAGCAGGGGCAUUCGUGUAAUCGUGAAGGCGGAAACUACAAAUCGGCCGGAGGCGAGCAGGAGGCCGGCGACAAUGGAGCCCGGCUCUCCGUGGCCUCCGUCGCAAGUCUUCCUCAACGUAGGAGAUCUUAUAUUUCCAUGAGGAUUCUCAAGCCUACGUGGGAUUAGUUACUCGUUGAUGUUUUUUGUCCGAGGGAGAACCUGACUAUAGUGAUAAUUUGGACUGGAUUUCUUUCCUUUGGUAGAUGACUAUUAGGUUCAUCUAGUUUUAUAUUUACAACCGAGUUGCAGUAUUUCGGUAAAAAAAAAAGGUCUGUACUUAAUAGGCUAUUAAAUAACUCGGAAGGUAAUUGGAAGGGCAUUGAUGUUCAGCAGAAAAACUUUAACUCAAUUUAGCCCUUUGCCGGUUCAUUCAGACAAGUAAGUCUGCAAUGACUUUUCAGGAGUUAGCUAUUAUAUAACUCUCUAGAUUAGUCAUUCUUUGAUUAUCUUAAGAGUUGGCUUGACAAAUAAAAUAAAUUACCAUCUUAAUUUCUCUUGCACAAUUCAUUCUCUUUUGUGUUGUACUGAUCCUUCGUUCUAAGACCAUUUAUUUCAGGGGGUAAGAAAUAUACCACAACAAUUGAUACACUCACGCACCGUGAGCCUGAUUCCAUGUUGGCAGCGAUGUUUAGUGGGCGGUAUACAGUUUCUACUGAUGAUAAAAUGGGAAUGAUAUUUAUUGAUAGAGAUGGGAAGCAUUUUAGGCAUAUACUAAAUUGGCUAAGGGAUGGUAUCAUUCCGAUGCUUCAAGACUCUGACUACCAAGAGCUGAUACGAGAGGCAGAAUACUAUCAGUUACUUGGAUUGAUUGAAAAUAUUAAUGCAAGUCUGUGUAAUAGAAAAGAUAAAGAUGCCCCAGUGGUUGAAUUAACACGUAAAGAAGUCAUCCAAAUCAUUCAAUCUGAAAAAGUGAGGUUUCGAGGUGUGAACCUUUCUGGUCUUGAUCUCUCUAAGCUGGACCUAUCAUUUGUUGAUUUCAGUUAUGCCUGCAUACAGAAAACCAAUUUUUCAAGAGCUAAUCUCAAUAAGGCUAAGUUUGGGGAUGCUGAAGCAGGGGGUUCAAUCUUCGAAGAUGCAAACUUGCGUGAAUGUGAGCUUAUUGGAGCCGACCUUCAUCAAGCUAAAUUGGAUAGAGCUAAUCUUCAGAGUGCAAAUCUUCAAGAUGCAUGCUUAACUCAAUGCAGUCUCUGCGAUGCAGACCUUCGUUCAGCACAUUUACAGAGUGCAAAACUUAGUGGUGCAAAUCUCCAAGGUGCUAAUCUGGAAGGAGCAAAUCUGAAGGGUGCCAAGUUGAAUAGUGCAAAUUUGCAGGAUGCCAAUCUUCAACGGGCUUACCUUCGAGAAGUUGAUUUGCGUGAUUCUCAACUUGAGGGAGCUAAGAUGGGAGGCGCUAAUCUUCUUGGAGUUAUCAGAUGAUCGAGCCACGGAAGACUUACUGAGGUCUACAAUUUGUCGAGCAGAGUUCCGUACGAAGCAAGUGAUUUUAGGCUGCCCUAGUGUUGCAUAUUUCCAAAUACUCGGUGUCUACUUAAGUGGCUUGAAGAAAUUGUCCCUGAUAAUUUUUAGGCAGAUGUGGGUUGGUUUUCAUAUGAUCGAUUUAAAAAUUCACUUUUCAAAAAUGAGCUAUUUGAACCUUGUGUGACGCUUAGUACAAUACAUUUUGGUUACUAUCUUAAUAAUCAACUUAUUAAAAGGGAUCAAUUGGCGGA